AUGGGUUUCAUCGACACCAACGGCGUCAAUGGCCACACGAACGGUACCAACGGCACUAAUGGCGUCAAUGGCCACCACCUCAGUGCCCACAUAAGCGCGGACGAAUUCACCAAGCAAGACUUCGACUAUGUCAUUUGUGGCGGUGGCACUGCUGGCCUCACCAUUGCUGCGAGACUGACGGAGGACCCGAACGUCAAAGUGGGCGUCAUCGAAGCAGGCAAACUGAGAUUGGAUGAUCCUCUUGUUGAUAUUCCAACGGCGUUUCUGCAAAUGCUUGGGAACCCGGACUACGACUGGAUGUAUAAGACUGUACCACAGGGCGCCAACAAGGAUAAGAUCCAUCACAUCCCCCGUGGCAAACUUGUCGGAGGCAGCAGCGGGAUCAACUACAUGAUGUACGUGCGAGGAUCUCUGCAGGACUAUGAUGACUGGGCAGAGCUCUCGGGAGAUCCGUCUUGGGGAUCUAAGGAGAUGAGCCAUUACAUGCGUCGGAGAGCACCAUGCACGGAAGGAUUCGUCCGCACCGGCUUUAACGACAACUCCCUGCCAAUCGAGGAUAUCGUAAUUCAGGCAGCCGACGAGGUCUGCGGACUCUCGAAGAAGCCAACUGACCCAUGGUCCGGAGACCAUAUUGGCUUCUUCAACACCAUGGGCUCGAUCGCCAGGACCGGACCAAACAGGGGCAAGCGAUCCUAUGCCGCACGGGGCGCCUUCGAGGCCAAUUCUCAUCGACCUAAUUUGAAGCUUGUUUCCGAGUCAACAGUCGCUAGGGUUGUCCUCGAGAACAAGCGAGCGACAGGUGUUGAGUUCAUCAACAAUGGCCAGAAGCAUACCGUCAAGGCAAACCGCGAAGUCAUCAUUUGCGGCGGUGUGUUUGGCUCGCCGCAGAUCCUCGAACUCUCCGGCGUCGGUGAUCCCAAAGUCUUGGAAGCGGCCGGCGUCGAGUGCUUAGUCGACCUCCCAUCAGUCGGCACUGAUUUCCAAGACCAUCAAAUUAUCAUCGUUGGUCAUCAGCUUAAGGAAGGACAGAUGUCCGGAGAUUCCAUCUAUAAGCCUCAGAUCAUGGAAAUGGCCCAGAAAGCAUACGCUGAGACGCAAGGCGGCCCGUUAUCCAACAUCUCUGCAAUUCAGGGCUUCUUCCCAGUCAAGCCAUUGCUCGAGCCAGGUGAGCUGGACGAGUUUGAGCGCCUCAUCAAGGAAACAAAAGUCGAGUCAGACUUCCAGCGAAAACAGCUCGACCAGGUCCUUCGCCAGGUCAAGAGCGACACAUCCGCCAACUUGCAAUUUGUCCUUAUCCCAGCUUCCGGCAAUCCUAACGGCGUCGACGACCAAUCGAAACUCUUCCCGCCUCCAAAAGAAGGCUCUCCAGAUGGCAUUACAUUGUGUGUGUGUGUGCAGUACGGCGCCAGCCGUGGCCGCAUUCAUAUCAAGAGCAGCGAUCCGUUCGAGCAUCCUACGAUCGAUCCGGGUUAUAUCAGCCAUCCUGCCGACCAUAUCCUGCUGAGUGCUGCUCUCGACUCCAAGCUACGCGUCAAGGGUGUGCAAGGUCUACGUGUCGCCGACGCGUCGGCUUUCGCCAACAACGUAUCUGGAAAUAUCGUCAGCUCCGUGUAUGCGAUUGCCGAGAAAGCUGCCGAUAUCAUCAAGGCCGACCAUGCGAGCUCGGGCAAGCUGGGCAAAGUUGCUGCGUGA